AUGGUGGUAGGGAAGAGUGCACAAGCACUAAUUGAUUCAGGGAGUGAGGCUACUUUGAAAAGUGUUCUGCUCCAGCCAGAGCCAUGUGAUACAGGACAAAUGAUUGAUAUUGUGUGUACACAUGGUGACACCCGCACAUACCCCAAAGUAGAGUUUGUCACAGAAGUUGUAAAUGUUAAAUGCCCUAUAGUACAUGUAGCUCAAAUGCAAGAGCGAAUAAGUAAGGCCAGGGUGUCUGAUCCAGAACAUUAUGUUACCGUAUAUUUUCAUAUCAUUGUUUCUAAAAACUUCAACAUUGAUCCUGGGAACGAUAAAGUUUUGGUGAGAGCUGGAGGGAUGAAAGAAUUCGAGGACUGGAGAGGUGCAGUCUGUGAAAUGCGCUGGCAAAGGGACAUUGAUGAUCUUGGGAGUCUGAUGGAAGGCCACGUUAGAAUUCAUAAAGAAAACCUGGAUACAUACAUACCAUAUAAAUAUUUAGUGAUUCGUUCAAACGGUGAUGUGGAGUAUGAGUACAUAUAUGUUCGAAGCUCAGAAAAUGUAAAUCGUUGUCUCUUCAUUCGUUCGGCAUAUGUUAGUGAAAGAGAGUGGCAUCAAUACGAUGACGUUUGCAUGAAAGAAACCAAAAACAUGGCAACUAAGUUAAUACAAUGGUGGACAGACAAAUUUUCAUAUUUAUUUCAAGCAAAACAAAUGGCAGGAAAUGUCAUGCUUGAUAAGAUCUUCAAGGCUCUUUCAAUGUGUGAUGCCAACAGUCUUUCAAGGUUUUUUAAUCAGCUAUUACAGUUUUAUAUUGUGCAUGCAGAGCCCAGGGUGUUUGCAGAAAAACCCAAAAUAUGGAAAUCUCAUGGAUUUGAAAAACACCAGGUAAAAGAACUGAUUUUGAGAAAAUGUAACAUAAUCUGUGAGUCCCUUGUCAACACAGAUUCACAGCUGGAAAAUCACAUUAUAGACAACAGGCUUGUGGCAGGGCUUGUGUUCCUCCAAGUACUGCAAUCUUACAAUAUACCAACAACCAAAGAAAUCUGUGAAACUAUCUGCUUUGUCCUGUGUUUAGAGGAAAAAAUCAAGGGGUCUCUACACAAAGAGCUUGAAAACAUAAAGAAAAUUUUCUCUGUAAUCCCACGACUUUAUAAUACCUUGUUGGACUUCUGCCAGAUCUGCAUUGAUAAAGGAGUCCACCACUGGAUUUGGGUUCUGCCAUUGCUGCACACAUUUUCUCCAUCUAAACAGAAUGAUACUCACACAAAGUUCAUCCAAGAAGAUGCCUGGGCAGGGCUGGAAGGACUUGAAUACGGCAAAAUAUUUACACAUAACAAAAGUUUCUUUGCUCAAGUGAGCGUACAGAAGCGUAAUCAUUCCCUUGGGGGUGAUCCCGUUGGAGCAAAGCCUCUCAUAAAAGGUCAACUGACCCAAAGCAGCUUUUUUAAUGUGAGGUUUGCUAGCGAAGUCACGAAUCUGGACAUAGCGGAAAAAGUCUGUAGGGGUUAA